AUGCCCUCCUCCAUAACCCUGACAGUCUCCCACCUCCCAACAUCAACCUCCUUCUUUCUGUCCGCCCUUCAACCCUUAAACUACAUCUUCCGAGCCCGACAAGACCAAACCAUCGGUUUCGGUCCAUCUGCUCCAGAUGCUGUCGCCGACUUCUGGAUUACUCAAGAAAUCCCAGGUGUCCCCGCUGGCGCCGCACACGUAGCUUUUCCAGCGAGCUCUCGUGGACAGGUUCACGAUUUCUUCGUCGCGGCGCUCAAGGCUGGUGGGAAAAUCCAUGGCGAACCGUGCCAGCGCGAUGCGAGUGGGUACUAUUCUGCUGCUGUGAUUGAUUUUGACGGGAAUUCUAUCGAGGCGGUAUGUAGGCCAGGCCAGCAGGUGGAAGGGGGGAGUGUGGUCUCGCAGCAAAAGACACCUUCUCCGUCAGUGGCCAUCACGCCGAGCAAGACAAGGAGUGUGGUUUCUGGGGCUAAGGCUGCACCGACUGUUAUGUCGCAUGUGAAGAGCAAUGCGAGCAGGGCGACUAUGACGGGCAAGGCACCGUCUGUGGUUCGCAGUGUGACUGCUCCUGCUCCUGCUCUGUCCCAGGUAUCCGGAUCUGCUGCCCCUAAUUCAGCAGCAGCCGGUUCGUCAGCACCAGUAUCUGGACAUUGCGGGAAAGAAGGAGACGUCCUCACCAGCCUCAUGGCCGAAGCACGCAACGCCGUCAAUGUCGCCCGCGAUCUGGUCAACAACGUUGGCGGUGGCAGUGGCGGUGCGCGACCAGCGUCCGACAACACCGCAACACCAAGCAACAACUCAGGUACAGCGUAUGGGACAAGUACCGGGACAAGCGACGCCAUCGUCGGCACGAUAUUGGGUGUGGCAGCCGGAGCGGCGUUGCACUAUGCAUUCAGUAAUCGGUCAAAAGAAUCUCAAGACAAUCACUUAGCUGGAGGUGGACCUGGAGCAGCACCUCGCCCUUCGAUUGUGGGCCGCAGUAUAAGUGGCCCUGCUGCCCCUGAGUACUCAUACUCAUAUUCUACCACCAGAUCUGGUGUCAAGACGUACUACGAAGGACCGGACGGACGAGUCUAUCGUGCGAUUGAACCGGCUGCCGCGAUGUCAAGUUAUACAUAUGCGCCAAGUGAGGGGCCACGGUCAAGGGUGAUCGAACUGAGAGACAAUGAUCCGCCAACACAACUCGCUUUACCAGCACCACGGUCUAGCUCUGGCUCUGGCUCUGGAUCGACGACUACAGUACGUCCUGCGAAUGGAAGACGGAGUAGUGUUAUUGACUCUGGAUUUGGGACAGGGCCUGCGUCGAAGGUCAAGGACAAAGAUGAUCCAUCACACGCCUCGUCGUCGUCGCGGCAUUCCAGGAAAAGCACCAAAACUGGUGUGAGUGGGAAGAUGGAUGCACCGCCAACAAGUUACCGCGCUCCAACGGUUUUGACCAGCGCGGAGACGCAGGCGUCGAAACGCUCACACUCAUCAGCGAAGUCUCGCUCGCAGUCCCAAUCACGCACGAGGUCAGGAAGUGUAUCGCGCAUUAUGUCUCGCAUCAGUGGUGGUGGUGGAUCUGAGGCCGAUGAUAAGCCUGACCCUGUCCGAUCGGAGUCGCGGACACGCUCACGUUCAAGGUCUCGAGCGCCCAGUGGCGGUUCUGGGAGUCAUACAUCUCGAAAGAGUAGGCGAGACUCAUUUGAUGACGAGGAGGCGAAGACUGUGUAUCAUGUCACUGAACGACACCAGUCGCAGAUUCGGUGGAAUACAAGUGAUGAGCAUGUCAAGACUGUUGGGACACGUCAACCAAACGAGUACCCUCUCCCACCAUCACGAGCAGCCACAUGGGCGGGCAGCGAGGGCGGGAGCGGAAGCUUUGUAUCUGCUAUCUCGAGGCCAGGUCGUACCCAGAAACCAGGUUUGGUGCCCGCGCCGAGGACAAUCAUUGGAAAAUUGACGCCGGUUCGUCUUCGGGGGGCUGGUGCAGUGGAGGAUCGAGAUUUUGCGGAGAAGCAGCGAGAUAGUAUGUCGGUGAUCUCGAAGCAGAAGGACCUUGCGAAGUUGGAUGUCACGGACAGGGAAGUUGGGCCGGAGGAUAGUGUGAGUCAGGUUUCGGUUGGGAGUAGGAGGGUGGGCAGUAGGGUUGGGAGUCGGAGAUGA